AUGAAGAAUUACCUUUCCUUUGUUGUCGAAGCCAUUUUGGUCUCACAGGCACUUGCUGAUGACAGCUCAUGGCUCAGUCCGGUUUACAAGCACACCUUUCAAUACGAGCUUCCUAUCCCUCCUACCAAAGUCAAAUCAUACACCUACAAGAACGCGUCCUCUGGAAAUGAGAUAGAUUUCUACGAGGUCGACGUCAAGCCCUACAAGCAACAGAUAUAUCCCGACCUAGGACCAGCUACGCUUGUGGGGUACGAUGGCAUGUCACCAGGACCCACCUUCAGGGUUACCAGAGGACGAGAGUCUAUCGUUCGCGUUAAAAAUCGCAGCGAUAAGGAUAUUUCAGUACAUCUUCAUGGUUCACAUAGUCGUGCACCGUUCGAUGGAUGGGCUGAGGAUACCACUGGGCCUGGCCAAUACAAAGACUACUACUACCCAAACAAGCAGAGCGGCCGAACAAUGUGGUAUCACGACCAUGCCGUUGGUAUUACUGCAGAGAACGACUACAUCGGCCAAUCCGGUUUCUACAUCCUCGAAGACCCCGCCGAAAGCGCCCUGGACUUUCCUGCUAACGAAUACGAUGUACCCCUCGCACUGGCAUCAAAGCAGUAUAACAAAGAUGGUACUCUUUUCGAUCCUUCAGGCGAGAUCUUCGGUCUUCCGGGCGACAUCAUUCAAGUUAACGGUCAGCCGUGGCCCUACAUGAAAGUGGAGCCUCGCAAGUACCGUUUCAGGAUCCUGAACACCGCCAUCAGCCGAACGUUCAAGCUCUCUCUCGAAAACGAAGAGAACAAAAACGUCGCAUUCAACGUUAUUGCCGCCGAUUCCGGUCUCCUAACCAAGCCAGUAAAAACGGAAAAUCUCGAGAUCUCCAUGGCCGAGCGCUGGGAAAUCAUCGUCGACUUCACCAAAUAUGCUGGACAAAACGUAACGAUGAAGAACGCGCGCAAAGUCCAAGCUGACCCCGAUUACCACAGCACAGACAAAGUCAUGCGCUUCGUCGUCGGCUGGGGCAUAACCUUCUCCAACGGCAACGGCGACAUCCCUAGCACGCUCCGCGACGUACCUUUCCCACCUAAGAAAACAAGCAUCGACAAGAGUUUCAAGUUCCAAUUUGAGGGUGGCAAGUGGCUCGUAAACGGUGUAUCUUUCGCCGACGUUAAUAACCGGAUCCUCGCCAAGCCCCAGCGCGGUACAGUCGAAGUCUGGGAGUUGGAAAACGCCGCCGGCCUAUGGAGUCACCCUGUUCACAUUCACCUCGUCGACUUCCAGAUUCUGUCGCGCACUGGGGGGACUCGCGAGGUGCUGCCAUAUGAGAAGGAGGCGUUGAAGGAUGUGGUGUUGCUUGGUGUGAAUGAGAAGGUUACGGUUAUUGCAAGGUAUGCGCCGUAUGAGGGGGUGUAUAUGUUCCAUUGCCACAACGUCAUCCACGAGGAUCAUGAUAUGAUGGCUGCUUUCAACGUUACCAGCUUGACUGAUUGGGGAUACCCUGAGAAGACCAAGUUGGCCGACCCGAUGGAUAAGAAGUAUCGCGCCAAAGAUAUUAGCGACGAAGAUAACGAGGAAAAGAAGAUUCUGGACAGGUGUGCGGAUUUCGAGGCGCUGGAGGCGUAUGUUGAUUCUGAGAAGAUGGAGGAGUCAUUGAGGGAGUAUUGGGGUAAUCGAGGAAAGGGUCAGGGUAAACUUGGUGCUAAGGCUCGGGACUCCUCGUCUGUGAAGAGGAGGCAUAGGAUGCUUGAAGUUAAUGUGUAA